GCAACCCUGCAAAGUCUCGGAGUCGGCGAGCGCGGCUCGCUUCCCCGAGCCCCCGGACCCGGAGAGCCGCGAGCGCCCAGCCGGCCACCAUGCCAGGCAGACCGAGCCACUAGGCGCUCCCCGCGGCUCCCACCCGGCGGCGGCAGCGGCAGCGGCAGCGGCAGCGGCGCGAUGGUUUCAGACGCUGAAGGAUUUUGCAUCUGAUCGCACGGCGUUUCAAAGAAGCAGCGAUCGGAGAUGGAUGUCUCUCUCUGCCCAGCCAAGUGUAGUUUCUGGCGGAUUUUCUUGCUGGGCAGCGUCUGGCUGGACUAUGUGGGCUCCGUGCUGGCGUGCCCUGCGAAUUGUGUCUGCAGCAAGACGGAGAUCAAUUGCCGGCGGCCGGACGAUGGGAACCUCUUCCCCCUUCUGGAAGGGCAGGACUCGGGGAACAGCACUGGGAACGCCAGCAUCAACAUCACGGACAUCUCAAGGAACAUCACUUCCAUACACAUAGAGAACUGGCGCGGCCUGCACACGCUCAACGCCGUGGACAUGGAGCUCUACACGGGCCUGCAGAAGCUGACCAUCAAGAACUCAGGACUUCGGAGCAUCCAGCCCAGAGCCUUUGCCAAGAACCCCCAUCUGCGCUACAUAAACCUGUCGAGUAACCGGCUCACCACACUGUCAUGGCAGCUCUUCCAGACGCUGAGUCUUCGGGAAUUGAGGUUGGAGCAGAACUUCUUCAACUGCAGCUGUGACAUCCGCUGGAUGCAGCUGUGGCAGGAGCAGGGGGAGGCCAAGCUCAACAGCCAGAACCUCUACUGCAUCAGCACCGAGGGCUCCCAGCUGCCCCUGUUCCGCAUGAACAUCAGCCAGUGUGACAUCCCGGAGAUCAGUGUGAGCCAUGUGAACCUGACCGUGCGGGAGGGCGACAACGCCGUCAUCACGUGCAAUGGCUCUGGCUCGCCCCUGCCCGAUGUGGACUGGAUGGUCACCGGGCUGCAGUCCAUCAACACCCACCAGACAAACCUGAACUGGACCAAUGUGCACGCCAUCAACCUGACGCUGGUCAACGUGACGAGUGAGGACAACGGCUUCUCCCUGACGUGCAUCGCAGAGAACGUGGUGGGCAUGAGCAACGCCAGCGUCGCCCUCACCGUCCACUACCCUCCGCGCGUGGUGAGCCUGGAGGAGCCCGAGCCGCGCCUGGAGCACUGCAUCGAGUUCAUGGUGCGCGGCAACCCGCCGCCAACCCUGCACUGGCUGCACAACGGGCAGCCCCUGCGCGAGUCCAAGAUCAUCCGCGUGGAGUUCUACCAGGAGGGCGAGGUGUCCGAGGGCUGCCUGCUCUUCAACAAGCCCACCCACUACAACAACGGCAACUACACCCUCAUCGCCAAGAACCCGCUGGGCACCGCCAACCAGACCAUCAACGGCCACUUCCUCAAGGAGCCCUUCCCAGAGAGCACGGAUAACUUUGUCUCCAUCUAUGAAGUGAGCCCCACUCCUCCUAUCACUGUGACCCACAAGCCAGAGGAGGACACUUUCGGGGUGUCCAUCGCCGUGGGGCUCGCCGCCUUUGCCUGCGUGCUGUUGGUGGUCCUAUUCAUCAUGAUCAACAAAUACGGCCGGCGGUCCAAGUUUGGAAUGAAGGGUCCCGUGGCUGUCAUCAGCGGGGAGGAGGACUCGGCCAGCCCGCUGCACCACAUCAACCACGGCAUCACCACGCCCUCGUCGCUGGACGCCGGGCCCGACACGGUGGUCAUCGGCAUGACCCGCAUCCCGGUCAUCGAGAACCCCCAGUACUUCCGCCAGGGGCACAACUGCCACAACCCGGACACAUACGUGCAGCACAUCAAGAGGCGGGACAUCGUGCUGAAGCGAGAACUGGGCGAGGGCGCCUUUGGGAAGGUGUUCCUGGCCGAGUGCUACAACCUCAGCCCAACCAAGGACAAGAUGCUGGUGGCCGUGAAGGCCCUGAAGGACCCCACCCUGGCCGCCCGGAAGGACUUCCAGAGGGAGGCGGAGCUGCUCACCAACUUGCAGCACGAGCACAUCGUCAAGUUCUAUGGCGUGUGCGGCGACGGGGACCCGCUCAUCAUGGUGUUUGAGUACAUGAAGCAUGGAGACCUGAACAAGUUCCUCCGGGCCCAUGGGCCAGAUGCCAUGAUCCUUGUGGACGGGCAGCCGCGCCAGGCGAAAGGCGAGCUGGGGCUCUCCCAGAUGCUGCACAUCGCCAGCCAGAUCGCCUCGGGCAUGGUCUACCUGGCCUCCCAGCACUUUGUGCACCGGGACCUGGCCACCCGGAACUGCCUGGUGGGGGCCAACCUGCUGGUGAAGAUCGGAGACUUCGGCAUGUCCCGGGACGUCUACAGCACCGACUACUACAGGGAAGGGCCGUGCCAGAGGGGCCCGGUGAGCAUGUCGUGGCAGCGCCAGAGGCUAGCGGCACCGGCAGCUUCCACACUCUUUAAUCCAUCUGGAAAUGAUUUUUGUAUAUGGUGUGAGGUCGGAGGUCACACCAUGCUCCCCAUCCGCUGGAUGCCCCCUGAGAGCAUCAUGUACCGGAAGUUCACCACCGAGAGCGACGUGUGGAGCUUCGGGGUCAUCCUCUGGGAGAUCUUCACCUACGGCAAGCAGCCCUGGUUCCAGCUCUCCAACACGGAGGUCAUUGAGUGCAUCACCCAAGGCCGCGUGCUGGAGCGGCCCCGAGUCUGCCCCAAAGAGGUGUACGACGUGAUGCUUGGCUGCUGGCAGAGGGAGCCGCAGCAGCGGUUAAACAUCAAGGAAAUCUACAAAAUCCUCCACGCCUUGGGGAAGGCCACGCCCAUCUACCUGGACAUCCUCGGCUAGGCCCGCGGCGGCCGCGGUCACGGAGUCUUGCCUGUUGCCUCCUCUCUCCAGCCUCACACGCCCCCCUUCCACCUCACAGCCCCUUCCCCGCCCUUGACCGAAGCGAACAUCUUCAUAUAAACUCAAGUGCCUGCUACACAUACGACACUGAAAAAGGAAAGGA